AUGAAGAUACGAUCUGGCCGUGGUAUCUGUGGCAAGGACGGUUCGCUCCAGAGAUGCUCCCGAUGCAAAGUGAUGGUUUACUGUGGUCGUGAACAUCAAGUUGCACACUUUCCCGAACACAAAUCCACAUGCAAGGUUAUUCAAAAGGCAGAAACAGCCCAGGAAGAGGCGAAGCAAAUGUUACGGAAGUCGUCGAGCAGCGACCCCUUCAUUCAUCGCACCCACCAUUUCGGACCUGAGAUACGGUCUUAUAUUCUCCAUCGAAGCCCUUUAGUACGGGUUAUACUUGAGAUCAAUACUCGGGAAGCCGUCGAAAAGCAGCUGGAGCAUACCAUGGAAACGCUUCGCCUAUGUCCGAACGACAACCUGGGUGCACACAAGACUGUACCUCCAAUUAUGAUCCUUCUCAACCAGGACCGGGAAUGUUACGCUUUCCUCAACCUCAAGUCGUGGGUACUGGUUUUCAGUGGCUCCUUUCGUGACUGGAGCGAUCCUGGGUUACCGCGCUUCGAUGCUGAGAAUGCUGAUGUGUUUGAGCCGGUGAACAUGUUUUUGAGCUCGAACAUCGGAAUCUGUCUUACCGUACCUCUGUUUCUUCUAAAGCUGAAGAGCUUCCUCGAUUUAAACCCGGUGGAAGCUCAAAAUGAAGCUCAUCUGUCUACUGAUCCCAUAGGGGCUUCUCCGGAGUUCUUCAUUUCUCUCCAAGUGGCAGUUACUCGCAGUCGAUCAUUCCUCUCAACUCCCAACCUUACCGAUCAAACCACUCGCCUUGGCAUCGUUUCGAAACUCCACCUUCAACUGAACGUGUUGUUCAACGAAAUCAACCGUGUGAGGCCUAACUUUUGGUCCGCUUUCCUCAAUCCCCGAGCCUACCUCGAGCGGCCUUUGAUCUUUACAAAUGGAGGAUUUUAUCUUAUCGAAGAGACGCAGGCAGUCCCGAGAUUAUGA